GAACAAAAUGAAAGUUAUUUCAUCAAAAUGCUUUAUUUUAUUGACUUUAGCCACUUCAAGCUUGUUAACAUCAAGCAUCUUUUGUACAGAUGAAUUAAUGAUGUCCAAUUUUCACAGCAAAGAAAAUUAUGACAAAUAUUCUGAGCCUAAAGGAGACCCUGAGGGAGAAAAGGAAAGAAGUCUCAGUUUUGAAGAGCUCCAAGACUGGGGUCCAAAAACUGUCAUUAAGAUGAGUGCACCCACAGUCAACAAAACGCCACACUCAGCUGCCAAUUUGCCAUUGAGAUUUGGGAGGACCAUGGAAGAAGAAAGAAGCACUGGGGCAAUGGCCAACCUGCCCCUGAGAUUUGGAAGAAAUAUAAAGGAAAGUAUCUCAAGACAUGUUCCUAAUCUGCCCCAAAGGUUUGGGAGAACAACGGCCAAAAGCGUCGCCAAGACACGGAGUGAUUUGCUCCAACAAUCCAUGCUUUCACCAUCUGCCAGUGAGUUACUCUACUCCAUGAACUGCCAGCCCCGAGAAAUCCAGAAUCCUGAUCAAAAACACCCAUGGAGACUAGGAUUCAAGAAAAUAGACGAUACAGAACUGAAACAAGAAAAAUAAGAGAUUCGGAGCUUGUCCCUAAAGAUGAUAUAAAGCUGUGGCCUGUAAUCUGUAAACAACUCUACAGUGAAGACAACAAUGAAGGAAGAGUCACGGUACUCUUUUGAUGGGUUAUCACUGACAACAAUUUUUCCUUGUCACUAGAGCUGGUAUCUUAAAAGUUAUUUUAAAAAAUUUAAAGAAUAUUGUAAUGUAAAAAUGAAAUAAUUUUUGUCUAAAUAAAAAGAACAUUGCAAAUA